CACGAGAGAUGCUGAAAAUUAUAAAAACUAUAGUUGUGUGAAGUCUUCAGCCGAUCGAUGCAGCUAAAUUGGCCGGGCAGUAGGCACUAGGAACUAUAAUCAUGGGGCCUGACCGCUACUUAGUGGAGGUCCUCCACUAUCGGAGCCCCCAUUUGAUAUGGGUUGAAGUAGUCUCAGAAAAUAAAGAAUACAACUACGAACAACUAGGAAUAUACGGUAUUCUACCCUUUGAAAAUACUAUAGACUUGGAGAGCGGUAAAGAAAGCACCGUUUAUCAGCGAUGUCGAGAUUGGGUGCCGGCUGUAACUUUAAUGAUGCAGGAAACGUUUGCUGACGCUAAGGAAGUAUGGUUUUGCCCGACACACAUAGAUCGCAGAAAUUCAAUUUUCGAUGACAACAUUCACAAGUACGGUGAAAUCACCAUAAUAAAGAAAGAUAAACAGCUAUUCGAUCUUUCAAAAGUUCUAACUAAAUCAGGGCUUGCUAUCGAGAAUAUAGUUCUUUUCCACCAAGAACUGAGCCUUGGCAAUCUCAAUACGAAGCUUGACCAUUUACGAACACAAGAAGUCGUAAAAGAAAUUGAGAAGCACAUCGCUUUAAAACCAAGUAAGAAGCGUGAAGAAUCAGUGAAAAAGCAUACGACAGUCUUUCAGGCCGCACAAAAUUUGGAGUCUAUGUUAACGUCAAGGAAUUUGGAAAGGCAUAACGAGUUUCAUUUAUCCGGUGUCAAAAUAGAUCACUAUAUGAAAAUUAAGUCGAAGGACUUUGAUAAAUGUAAAGAUAUUGAUGAAGUAUCGGUCGGGAGAGCUAGCCAUGUCAGCAAGUCAGUUGUGGAUGAGCCAACCCUGGAGCCAACCCCUGAGCCAACAAAACUGCCAAAGUUUUUACAAAAGAAACUGGAAUUAUCGAGGAAACCCUGCCUGAAAUCGGCCAAUGAUCCCAUGCAAGUGUUGUUGGCCACUAAAAAGUAUUUGGAAGAGAAUGCUGUGAAAAUCGAUGACCACCGAAACAAUUCUGAGGAUGGUUCCUUUAGCAACGCAGAAGACAAGAAAAAAAUCGAUGACCACCGAAACAAUUCUGAGGAUCUCUCUAGCAACACAGGAGACAAGAACGCAACUCCAAAUGUAGGAGACGCACCUGAGAAACCUGUAAUGGUGGACAAACGAACAAACACUGGAAAAGGCUAUUUCUUACGCAGACACAAGAGAGUGUUAAAAAAUAAGAAGAAUGAAAUCAUCUUUUUCAAAUCCUACGGUCCUCCGGGGAUGAGUCCAAACACUAGGACGCUAAAAGAAAAAACAAAAGACGAGCAAGAAGAACAAGACGAAAAACUGGUGAGCAAUACCGAAGAUAGAAAAGAAGUCGCGAAUGAAUUGGAAUUUUUUGAUGACGUUGAUUCUCAUAUCGAAUUAGAAAUUACCAAUAAAGAUAAUUUAAAAGAAAUGCACAAACAAAACCCACCAAAAGAUACCGAAGUAAACAAAAACGAUAGUUUUGACAGCACCGAUAAAAGUCUCAACGAAUCAAACUGUUCCACAGAUUCAAAACGCAGACAUGAAGGGUUGCAAAAGUUUUCUGCCAUGCGGAAAAAGUUAGAGCUACUUAAAAAUAAAUCAAAAAGCGACGUUUCUUUUUCAUCUGAUUCUUAUAAAGAUUCUUCCAGCGAUAUAAACGCUAGCCAAACUAAACGGAACAAAGCUGAGUUUCUAGAUUCUGACGAUGAUACAUUGACUGAUUUAGUUGAGAAAAUUAGUGUAGAAUAUCGUCCUAAAUGUCUAAAAACUGAUGUUAAACCCAAAGAGACAGUAAAAGUUAUUCCCAACGCAAUUAAAAACAAUGUAAAUCCUUUCAAAAACGUAGAUGCAGACAUGUCUGUUUUCGUCGAUAAACUAGUGUCCCCAGUUUUGAUGGUCCAUUGCAAAAAUGAUAAGCGAAUCGAGCCUUGUUCUAAUAUUAGGGACAUACACUUUAACGACCAUAUUCAUGUGGUGUUAAAGAAUUAUGGCGUCGAACGCCCCAUGAUGUUGCAAAUGGUCUCUUGGCCAGUGAUUUUGAGGGGCUACAGUUUCUUUAUGAUCAGCCCCAAAAAUAGCGGUAAGACGUUAGGAUAUCUGCCCGCAGUGUGCAGACUCAUCUCUGAUUUUAGGUCGGAAUUCGUGGAUAGCGUUGGCCCUACUUGCAUCAUAGUUUGCGCGACCGCACAGUCCGUUUCUGAGGUCGAAAAACUAGCCAAAAUGAUGUUAGCCUUGGAAGAAAAAGUCGUUGCUUGCUAUCCUGGGAUGGACGAGCUUCAUAUGACCACGUCCUUGCUGAACGGUUGUGAUUUGUUCAUUUGCACUCCGUCUGUUCUGGUCAGGUUAUUGCAACUUACUGAUUUCGGUAUUGAUCUAAGACGGCUCUCUACUUUUGUCCUCGAAGAUUGUGAAAGGUUGUCCCAAGUGUAUUCCAACGAAGUCAAAUUUUUCCUCGUCAAAAUCAAGGAGAUGUUGAAAAAUCGGGCCAAUAAAGAGAUGAAGGUGCAAUUCGUGGUCCUAUCCCGUGUCUGGUGUGACUUUCUCGAACCACUCGCAAAGAAAUCACCGAAUUCAGUUAUAUGUAUCGGGGCUUUUCAGGAAUGCGUCUUGUACUCUAAGGCUAGCACUUCAGUCGACUUUGUCAAAAAGGAGAACAAGAAAGGCAAAGUUUUGGAGUAUUUGAAAGAAAUUGACGGUACCAAGAGUACGGUAAUUGUAUGUCGCUCAGACGAUGAAGUCGAUGAUUUAAAGAAUGAGCUGACGAAGAACAAAAAUGUUGUGUUUUCAUGCGACAACAAAAUGACUGUUGAAGAUUUGUACAACUUGAGCAAGGCCUGGCACGAUUACCAGGAACCGUUGUUAGGUCCAAUUCUGGUAUGCUGCGACGGUAAUUUGAACCAUCUAAACGUGACAAAUGCUCAUCAUUUGAUUCACUAUUCGUUGCCUGGACUGUUCUCGAUGUUUUGCAAACGGUUCUCCGUUCUGAACGACAACUACUCCUCGAUUUUUAAGACUGAGAAUGAAGCUGUCAAAAUAAAAGUAUUCUUGGAAGACAGUAACGUGGAACAGUUGCCUAAAAUCCUCAAUUUCAUCAAGCGCUGCACCGACCAAGUGCCCGAAUUCUUGGACAAGAUCUGCGAGACUAUUCUUCACGAAAAAGACGCUGUGAAAGCUAAAAAUCUUGUGCCAAUCUGCUGCAAUUUGCUCGAGUAUGGCGAGUGCCCUGAUUACUGGAAUUGCCACGACCGUCAUGCUGUUUUCAAAAACUGCGACGAGCCCAAAGAUUGGAUGCCUAAAAAUGGUGUGGUCACUUUUAAAAUCCUGCACUAUUUGACUCCACUGCAUUAUUCAGCUCGAUUACUGUCGAACAUAACUAAAGGGCAGACGCGUAAAUACCCUCAAGCUUACAGCAGUCUUUCUCUCAAAUUGGGUAUGUAUUUCAGUCACGAGAGAAAUCAAAGAUUACACGGCAUACCCAAAGUAGGCGAUGUGUGCGCGGUCUCCGUGAAAAUUAAUUUCUUCGUCCGCUGUCAAGUGCUAAAGAUUUUGUCCAAAUACAACAACGGAACACCAAAUGAGGUCCUUAUCAAGCUCAUCGACGAGGAAAAAUUAGAAAAGUCGCGAGAUAUAUACUUGUACUACCUGCCGGAAGAAUUUAAGUCGUUCGAGUCUCAUGUAGUCCAAGUGAGGCUGGUAAAUAUCUGCCCCAGGGACAAAGAUAUAACGUUUUCGAACGAAGCAAAGAAAAUGCUUAUGAAAAUCACAAAAGAAGACGAAGACCUUUAUUUGAGAGGCCAAGUCGUCUUGACUGUUGGAAACUGCAUCUUCGUUGACACCCUCGAAGCUUGCCAAGAGCUGACGUCAUUGAACGAAACUGUCGUCAGAUAUAAUUUCAAAAAGGAAUUGUUGGAUAAACACGCCAUUGCCAAUCCGGAACACAUUGGCAAGUUGGAGAAACUCUGCGAAGGUUGCAUUGAGCGUAAGGACGAAAGAGAUGCAAUUCCAGAAGAGUCAGUUAUAAAGCAGAAGAAAGACAAAGCCACGCCCCAAUGGGCCCAUUUGGAGCAGGACAUGACUGAAGUAUUCUUCGCGUCAGCUGACGAUCCUAACACACUCUUUUUACGUCUUGUCAAAUUCGAAAGCUGUAUGAAGCUUAUGCUCAAAGAUAUAGAAAAGCACGUCACCGAAAAACCAGAGCCCGUGAGUCAAGUUGCUAAGGGAGAUAUCGUGCUGGCAAAAUUCCCAGACGAUUCUACGUACGAAAGGGCGAGAGUUGAAGAAAUAUUGUCGCAAUCCUUAGCAAAAUGUUUCUUCGUUGACCAAGGAGAUUGGCGCGAUGUUCUAUUAAAAGAUCUAGUGGAUAUCCCGGACAAAUUCAUAAAGCAGUUGCCGUUCCAAGCGAUUGAAUGCAGUUUGAUUGGAAUAAAACCCGUCGGAGAAAACUGGACUGAUUAUGCGAUUAAUUGGCUUUGUGAUAAGUGCGAGACGAACAGCGGAGAUCCGAAACAGCUGUAUGUAAAAUACUUCACGAAAGAAGAGUCCACAUUUACCGGAGGGAACAAAUACGGAGUUGCUAUUGUCGAUACUUACGGCGAUGGAGAUGUAGCUAUAAAUAAGUUGAUGGUAGACCUGAAUUUGGCUCAAGAAACCGAAGAAAUGGAAUAUCUAGACCAGCUUGUACUUAACAAGCCUGUGGAACCGACAACCUGUAAAGAAACGUCAGAUAAUGAGUUCGAAGAGGUGUCAAAGACAGAUGACAAUGUAGAUUCCCAAGCUCUUGUUCCUGCACAGGACUAUCGAUUAUCUGAUUUGUUCCCGGAGAAACCGAUCAGGUCGGUUCCUUUAGUGGGUUCGGAUGACGAUUCUGACGGGUCUUGGUCGAUCCACGACCCUCACGAGUUUCUACCAAUGGUAAAAGAUUACUUUGACCACAUAAAAAAUAUGAAUCAAGGAAAGAACGAAAAUGAUGCACAGGCAAGUACUUCAACAAAAGUUGAUGAAAAGCCAAAAGAAACCAAAAAAGAUGACACACAAGCGGGCACUUCUACAAACGUUGAUGAAAAGCCAACAGAAACGAAAAAAGAUGAGACACAAGCGGGCACUUCUACAAAAGUUGAUGAAAUGCCGACAGAAACCAAAAAAGAUGAAGCAGAAAUGAUUGCAAAGAAGAAUGCAGAUUUGUCAGAAGCGGUCGACGAAUCGAACGCGGUUAAAAGUCUAUCAACCACGCUAGAUUCUGACGAUUUAUCGUCGGCUGAAGGCACGCAAGUAUCAGAAAAGAAUGAGAAAACUAAUCCUCCCAUCGAUUUGAUCGUAGACGAAUUGCGGAAGCCAAAACUGUGUUGGCGACAGAAUAAGACAUCUGUAACGAUUAAAAUCCAACUCAUAGGCGUUGAAAAUUACGAUUUGGAUGUGAAAGAACGCUCGAUUAAGUUCGAUGCUGUAUCGAAUGAUACUCAAUAUGGUUUUGAUAUCGAGUUGUACGGGGUAAUCGACGGCAAAAGUGUUGUGCAUAGCAAUAAAGGGCAGUAUAUACUGCUGAAGAUGAAUAAGGUUAUGAAGAAGAACUGGCUGUCUCUGACCAAAGAUAAUGCCAUAAAGAAAUGGAUUGUCUAUGAUGUGGAUAAUCUAGACGCGUCAUCGGAAGAAGAGGAGAAUUAUAGGGAUACUUUGGCGGAUGUAAUGAAGGGGAUCCACAAUAGAGAAAGCGAUUCGGAGAGCGAUGAAGACUUUCUUGAUGAUUUAGGCUACGAAUAUAAACGAGAUAUCGAUUCGCUGAAAGGAUAAAUGUGAUUUAGGUCCGUAUUCCAAAACGGCGAAAACUCGAUUCAAUUCGUCAUAGAUUCUGGUCUUAAUAUUGAAUUUUAAUCAAAAUCAAAAGUAUUUAUUCAGUUUAGACCACAAGUGGCAGUUAUGAACGUCAAAAUAUAGUAAAUAAUAAAAAAAGAAAAAGUAGCCCUUAUGGGGCACUUUACAUGUCUCCUUAUCUUUUGGGCCCUACCAGCACUUCGAGACAAACAUAAUGGCAUGUGCUGAGAAGAAACGCCGGAACAAACUCAGUCACCACUAAUUGCCAGGAAUUAUCUAACGGUAAGAAUAACCAAAUUCAAGUACAUCAAAUAUGUGCAGACUGAACUAAUCUAUCAAGUUUCUACUUAUUGAAUCGAGUUUUCUCUUCGUUUUGUGAUACCCUAAAAACUUAUAUUUUUGUUACUAUUAUUUUAUUACUUAAAACCAGUAUUAGUUCCUAUUUAGAUACUUCUUACUUUUUUACUGCUGUAAAAAUUUUGCCAUUUCAUCGACCAAUAUUAGAACAAUAAUUUCUAUAUUUUAUACCUCCUUUCAAAAAUAUUUUGAAAAAUAUUUACAUCCCCCGAGUAUUAUUUAU